AUGAUUCGGGAGAGCCACCUUUCACUAAUAGCCAUUCAGCGCGGAUCGGAUGCACUUGUCAUACAAGCAGCAAACCACGCUUGCACUUGCCCCUGCCCGCCGCCGCAACCACGUGUUGUCUGCAGCUUUUUCAUAUCUAGUGGCCCACCACCCCCAAAAACCGAAAACACCACCCCCUGCCUGGGUGGAGUCAGUGCGGGACGAGGGCAUUUAAAGGGCCAAAGUGCCGAGGUGGACACUUCAUUCCUCGCGAUCAGUCCGGACGGGAAAUAUAAAAUGUGGAAACACUCGAAAGAGAGGUCAACGCCGGGGCGGCUGCUGGCAGACUCGGACAUCCCUGUCGACAUCUUUUCUGUAGACGUCGAGGUUGCAGAGCUGAAAUCGCCCAUUACGAAAUUGACUUUUGUUAAGUUGACGGGCUCCGGCCGUUUUGACACAACCGCACUUGACGCAUCCAAAGGUUGGAUCAGGGCCGCCAGGUUGGCUCCUGAUUGUCACAUGGGCAACGUGCGUAUCCAGCGCGGCCGGCGAAAGGGUUGCGUGGCUUUGCGCGCCGUCAGACCAAUUUCGGCAGGUGACGAACUCCAACUUUGGUUUUCCGAAGAGCUCUUGGCCGCCCUUAGAAUUCCGUCCUACCUAAACCCGGCAAACAUCCAAGGUGAAAGGCGGUAUGUGUGCCACGAGUGCGGCGCUCUGUUCGAAGCUCCAAACCCUUUGAAGGUGCACUUGGCGCUUGACUGUGGCGCCGACGGAUCUGAAGAUGACCUGUGGCGCCGCCUCAUCACAUCCCUAUCAGCUCCUGCUGAGACUUUUGGAGCCGUGCCCUUGCACAUGCCAACCCCAUCAGCCUUCACCCCAUGGAUCAGAGCACCAUCCAUGCUAGUCAGACCUCCGCCGCCUCCACCAGCAGCGAUCCCGACCGACCUUUCCGCUCACCACGCCCGCAUGGAAAGCCUUGUUUCCAGCCUCGGAAAGUCCAAAAAGGGACACGUCUGCCUUUACUGUGGCAAAAUCUACUCAAGAAAAUACGGACUGAAAAUUCACAUUAGAACGCACACUGGCUACAAGCCUCUGAACUGCAAAUACUGUCUUCGGCCCUUUGGUGAUCCGAGCAACCUAAACAAACAUGUUAGAUUGCACGCCGAAGGAGAAACUCCCUACAAAUGUGACGAGUGUGGAAAGGUGCUUGUCAGACGCAGGGACCUCGAGAGACACUUAAAAGCCAGGCAUUCUGGUCCUCGCCAAACCUUAUGUGGCACUGACACUGAAGACUCUUUGUAA